UGUGGAAACCUAUCUGCGUGGUUAAGUAUGUAUUUUGAUGUGGUCCCGUUUGAGGUCUGAGAAGUGUCAACUGGUUAAAUAUUAGUAUUAACAGUAUACAAUAUCAGAAGUCAUUGUUUUUACAAUUAAAUCUCGUCUUUGUUGAUGGCAUCUUCAGGGAGAGAUGGGGAUGAAUCACAAAAAGGUGAAGCAGAAAGCUGUGUGGGCAAUGGCAGUUCAUCGAAAGACGGGUAUCAGCAGAGUAAUGAAGACGAAGGAGCAGUUGAAUUGAUUCGAAGAUAUUUUGCCGAAAAAUUAGGGUUUUCUGAAGAUAAGAAAGAAGUAUUUCAAGAGAAGGUUAAGGCGCUAACUGAGGCAUCUGUUGAUGGUGUCAUAAAAUAUAUUCAAGAAAGGAAUUGCAAAAAUAUAAUCACAAUGGCUGGAGCUGGUAUAUCCACAGCUGCCGGUAUUCCUGAUUUCCGUUCCCCAGGAUGUGGUCUUUACAGCAACUUGCAGAAGUACAAAUUACCUGACCCACAGGCAAUCUUUGAGAUAGGCUUCUUCCGACAAAAUCCACAGCCAUUCUUCACUCUUGCAAAGGAACUGUACCCUGGUUCUUUCAAGCCAACUUUGUGCCACUAUUUUAUACGACUAUUAAAUGAGAAGGGGCUGCUACUUCGCCAUUAUACCCAGAAACAGAACAUUGACACGCUGGAACGAGUGGCGGGGCUACCUGCUGAGAAGAUUGUGGAGGCUCAUGGAACAUUCCAUACUUCCCAUUGUCUUGAAUGUAAACAUGAAUAUACAGUUGAUUGGAUGAAAGAGCGAAUAUUCUCAGAUUCAGUUCCCACUUGUGAGAAGUGUGAUGGUGUUGUAAAGCCAGAUAUAGUCUUCUUUGGAGAAGAUUUACCAACACGUUUCUUUGUCUGUGCUGAAAAAGAUUUUCCCAAAUGUGAUUUGCUAAUCAUCUUAGGUUCAUCUCUUACUGUACAGCCAUUUGCAUCAUUAAUAGACAGAGUGCCAAAAGUGUGUCCGCGUUUGCUGAUUAAUCGUGAGAGGGCUGGUCACAGAGACUGGGUGAUGGCAGCAUUGCAAAUGGGACGUGGUUUGGACUUUGACUCCCGUGACAACUUCAGAGAUGUUGCAUGGCUAGGAAGUUGUGAUGAAGGAUGUCAGAUGCUGGCAGAUAAACUUGGUUGGGGGGAUGAGCUGAGAAAGCUAGUUGUGGAUGAACAUGUACGGAUCAGUAAGCAACAAAAUGAAACCUCCAAAAGACAAACAGAAUAUCCUUCUGAGAAGAAAAGAGCUGAAUCUGAACACCAAUGAAAGUACAGAAUAUGUAAGUGCAUAAGUGAACAUCCCAUUGUGUGGUAUAAUUUAUAUUUCAUGUUGAAUUUUACAGUAUGGAAUUGUUUGUGUGCAGUUCAUAGCUUAUUACAAUAUUUGACUAAAAGUGUGCUUUCAUUUUAAAAUUAAGGACUUUAUCUAUUGUAAAGCAACCUUAAUAAAUUGUAAACACAUCUUUUAUUUUCUGAGUAAAGAGGGAAGGAAUAAGAGUGACUAUGUUAGAUAGCCUGAAAAUUUAAGUGGUUAAUUAAAAUGAAUUACCUAUCAUUUGGAGUAAUAUUUUAAUCUGAUGUUUACACAUGCAGCAGAAAGAGAGUAGAAAAGAAAGGUAAAUGAAAAUAUCAUAGCUACAGAAAUUAAGUCGCUGAGAAACCUACAACUGUCAUAAGCGUAGUAAUGAUGAUAAUAACUCUACAUGUGAUAUGAAUGGCCGAUAUUAUUUACCUGACCCAAGCUGUGCCUCUCUGCAUAUAUGAAAACAUCAGACAUUGUUUUCACAUCUGCAAACUUACACUUCACUUGCUCCUGCCUACAUCAUUAGAUUAACAGCCGAGUAUAUGGAUACCUGUUCUGGAACUAAUGAAGUUUUGUAUGCUUGUUUUGUUUGAGUAAGCUAAUAAAUGUAUGUUGAAUCUCAUUCUUGUUGUUUAGGUAAAAUGGUGCAAUGUAAAGUUAUGUGGAAUAAAUAGACUUUUCUUGACCAGUUA